ACUUGUAUUCAGGUUUAUUGGCCAUAUCUUGGAUUCUAAAAAUCCAUUUUAUGAAAUGCUUGCAACAUCUAAAGACAAGCUGAUAAAGUAACUCAAAUCCAGCCAAAUACAUAGCAACUCGCAUCCCAAAGCUUUUAUGCUCUUUUGUUACAAUGGCAGGACAGCAAUGUGUGGGCACAGAGCCUGUGCCGCACAUGGACAAGGCGAAGCACAUACACAAAGCAUACUGCAAGUGGACAUUAGCCUCUGUACUUCUUGGAGGCACAGCCAUCAGUAUCAUCACAGGAUUAUUAAUAAUGUAUUUAUCAACACAAAGCCUCACUUUGGUACAUACUUUGGAAUUACAAGGUCUUCAAUAUGAUUCCAGUUUACAAAACAGAACCUCUUUGUACUACAGAGCAAUAAGUGCUACUUUACAGAGACUGUUGAAAUCCAGUUUCAAAGGUACUGUUAUAGAAGAUAGUUAUACUGGAUUUACUGCUUUACACUACAGCAGGGGGAAUGAAGGCAUCAUCGCACAUCUGAAGAUGCACUUUAUAUCUUCUGGCAACACGAAGGAUACAGAGAAAAUUGAGGACAUCCUUAGACAGGGAUUGUCUUUAUCACUGAGUGAACACCCUAUACCAGUAUACAUUUAUGGCAAUAUCACGUCUGCUAUGCUUGCAGAUAAUAAAGGAUUGUCAUUCUACUCUAUAGGACUGAAGUCAGGAAGUUGCCCACCUCAAGUGUAUUCCUGCAAGAAUAGCCAGUGUAUUGUCAAGCAAAAUCCAGACUGUGACAGUGUGCGCGACUGCAAAGAUGGAUCAGAUGAGAAAAACUGCAAUUGUGGAUCACGUCCUGCAAUGCAGAAAUCAAACAGAAUAGUUGGUGGGUCAGAUGCUGCAAAGGGAGAAUUCCCAUGGCAGGUCAGUUUAAGGGAGAACAAUGAACACUUCUGUGGAGCGACAAUCAUAAGUGGCAAGUGGCUGGUAUCUGCUGCUCACUGCUUUAAUGAUUUUCAGGAUCCAGCUGUUUGGGUGGCUUACAUAGGAUCUACAUCUUUAAGUGGCUUAGAUGGCAGCGCAGUGAAGGCUUACAUCAAAAACAUCGUUAAGCACCCAUCUUAUGACCCAGAUACAGCAGACUAUGAUGUGGCUGUUCUAGAACUGGAUUCUGAACUACGAUUCAACAAAUACACCCAACCGAUCUGCCUCCCUGCUGCCACUCACGUCUUCCCUAUGGGCAAGAAAUGUGUCAUCACUGGCUGGGGAUACCUCAAGGAAGACAACUUAGUAAAACCUGAAGUUCUACAGAAAGCUACAGUGGCCCUCAUGGAUCAAACUCUCUGCAACAGUUUAUACAGCAAUGUGGUAACAGACAGAAUGGUAUGCGCAGGUUACCUGGAAGGCAAGAUUGACUCGUGUCAGGGUGAUUCAGGGGGUCCUCUAGUUUGCGAAGAGCCAUCUGGCAAAUUCUUUUUGGCAGGCAUUGUGAGCUGGGGAGUGGGUUGUGCUGAAGCUAGAAGACCCGGGGUCUAUGUCAGAGUGAGCAAAGUUCGAAAUUGGAUUCAUGGAGUCAUCUCAGCACCCACACCAGUGGAAACACAUACAAGUUUUGUUACUACCAUCAGCAGCAUUAAAAGGACAACUAAUUCCAAAGUCACCACUGCUCGACCCAUGACUAAGCAUUCAACCACCAAAUCUAAGCCAGGCAGUAGUACGAUGCCAGCAAAACCAACCCAGAAGCCUUUCAGCACAUCUAAACCUCAAGAAUGUGGAAGUCGUCCUGGCCUAACAAAACCCAACAAGAUAGUGGGUGGAUUUGAUGCUGUCAGAGGGGAAGUCCCAUGGCAGGCCAGUCUGAAGGAGGGUCCACAUCACUUUUGUGGAGCAACAAUAAUUGGAGAUCGAUGGUUGGUCUCUGCUGCUCAUUGUUUUAACCAAACUAAACUGGACCAUGUCACUGCCCAUAUGGGCUCCACAGCACUUAAUGGAGCUGACAGCAUGGCUGUAAAAAUCAACCUGAAGAGGGUGAUCCAGCAUCCUCACUUCAAUCCACUGACCUUGGACUUCGAUGUGGCUGUAGUGGAGUUAUCAAGCCCUUUGACUUUUAAUAAGCUUGUACAGCCCGUGUGCCUUCCAUCAGCCCUACAGAAGUUUCCAGCUGGGUGGAAAUGCAUGAUCUCUGGAUGGGGCAACAUCAAAGAAGGCAAUGUGUCGAAACCUGAGGUUUUGCAGAAAGCCUCGGUGGGGAUAAUAGACCAGAAAAUGUGCAGUGUCCUCUAUAACUUUUCCAUUACUGAACGGAUGAUCUGUGCAGGUUUCCUUGAUGGUAAAGUGGAUUCUUGUCAGGGCGAUUCUGGGGGACCCUUGGCAUGUGAAGAGAGCCCAGGUGUUUUCUUCUUGGCAGGCAUUGUAAGCUGGGGUAUUGGAUGUGCUCAGGUGAAAAAGCCAGGGGUUUAUAGUAGAGUUACCAAACUCAAGGACUGGAUACUCGAUACAGUGGCUCCUGUACUGAGGACAACUGAUAGUGGUAUGAAUCUUCCAAAGUCCUCAGUUCCUUCAACAACUCCCUUGACCACCACCACAAGAGCAUCCACUAUUAAACCACCAACUUCCCCUGGUCGCAGGACAACCACAGUAUCUAGGACUACAAUGUCUCAAACUAAAAGUACAAGAAGCACUCCAAAAUCAACAACUAAAAGUACAACCAAAAGGACAACUACUGCCAGGACUAGCACUACAUCAUCAAGGAUCACUGAGCCACCCAGACCCACACAAAGACCAGUGCCAUGUACUGCUUCUACAUAUAAGUGUUCUAAUAGACUUUGCAUCAGCAAGACAAACCCUGAGUGUGAUGGAAUCCCAGACUGCCACAAUGGCUCCGAUGAGCUGAAUUGUGAUUGUGGCACAGCUCCUGUAAUACCCUUUAAUAAGAUAGUAGGGGGAACCGGUUCCCUGAGAGGAGAGUGGCCGUGGCAAGUUAGUCUCUGGCUGCGGAGAAAGGAGCACAAAUGUGGAGCUGUGCUGAUCUCGGACCGCUGGCUGCUGUCUGCUGCUCACUGCUUUGACAUCUACAGUGAUCCAAAACUGUGGGCAGCAUACUUAGGGACUCCCUUUCUUAAUGGAGUGGAGGGAAGAGUGGAAAAGAUUUUUCGGAUACAUAAGCAUCCUUUCUACAAUGUCUACACACUGGAUAAUGAUGUGGCCCUUCUAGAACUGCCGUCACCGCUGUCAUAUACUAAUCUGAUCAAGCCCAUCUGCCUUCCAGAUACAAGUCACAGCUUUUCAGAGGGAACCAAAUGUUUUAUCACAGGUUGGGGAUCUACUAAGGAAGGAGGUCCAAUGGCCAGACAACUGCAGAAAGCCUCUGUUACCAUAGUUGGGGAUCAGACAUGCAGAAAAUUUUACCCCAUUCAGAUCAGUCCCAGAAUGCUUUGUGCUGGCUUCAUGCAAGGAGGUGUUGACAGUUGUUCGGGAGAUGCUGGAGGACCACUAGCAUGCAGGGAAUCAUCUGGACGAUGGUUUCUAGCUGGAAUAACCAGCUGGGGCUAUGGCUGUGCAAGGCCCUAUUUUCCAGGAGUUUACACCAGGCUAACAUCUGUCCGCAACUGGAUUGGACAGACUUUACGUUUAUAAGGGAUUCAACUCAGGGAGUGGCAGAGUCAGAAGGCCAAAUGGAUCAUUAUAAAAUGCUUGCAGGGAAGAGCUUAACUGCCGACCUUAGAGCAUGGAAUGACCACAAAAGACAUUUUACUGGCCAGUUCAAUUGUAUGCUUUUGAAGUGGACCUUUUAGACUAUUUUGUAUAAAUAAAGGUGACCUAUUAUGACCACACUAUGAAGAACUUGUGUAAGACAUAUGAUUGCAUACGCCUGAUCCUUUUGACACGUUAGCAGUACAAUAUGAAAACAUGUUAACUGGUUACAAGUUCAUUCUAAUAUAGGAAUACAAUAAAAUGAUCACAGUGCCAAGUUUGGUAUGACUAGAGGAUUCAUAGGCUGCAGUGGUUUAACGAAUUAAAGUGACUAUAUCCAAGCCCUUCA